AUAUGCACACAUGGUUGUGUUGCCGGAUAUUCGGGUGAUAAUUGCACAACCCCUUGUGACAAUACAUGCGCAACAUGUCAACAAUCUAAUACAUCAUACUGCGAUUCAUGCUUCAAUGAUUACAGUGGAUCAACCUGUCGAUGUCCUCCUAACUGCAACUGUGCGUUUGGAUGUGAUAUUUGUGUUUCAUGUUCGCAUGGGUACACUAAUCCUGAACUACAAUGCAAGUGUCAAUCGAAAUAUUGUAUCGAUAGUGGGUGUGAUCAAUGUAUUAACCAAAUGUUUUAUGUUGAUAACAAUGCGUGCUGUGAAUGUCCAGAAAAUUGCAAAAAUGGUACGUGCAAAGGUGGACCAGAAUGUAUUUCUGGUUGCAUUGACGGCUUUUACGGUAUGGAUUGUUCUCAAAGUUGUUUGUCCCUGAGUACGGACUGUUUAAGAUGUACUCAGAUUCAUGGAAAGUGUUUGGAGUGUAACAACGGUUUUUAUCUCAACGACAAUGGUAGCUGUAUAAGUUGCAGUAGUAGCUGUAAAGGUGGGAUUUGCAAUUGUGCGAAAGUAAAUGGCUGCAUCAAUGACCUUGAAGGCAGAUAUUGCUCAGAACAACGAAUUGACAUUGGUUCUUCAACAAUAAGGGCCCUCUCAGCUUUAUCGGUUGUUUUGGGCCUUUCGCUUAUUUGCACAGCUGCUGGUUGCUACAUGUGGAACAGACGAAGGUCUAAACCAACAGCACAGGACGAUCAAAGUGAAACCGUGAUGUCAUAUGAACAGCUACAAGGACAGACUAACGAACCAACAUACACGAAUGCUGACGAAAGUUAUUCCGUUCUUUCAGUGUAGAUGUUCAAAUGUAUAAUUAAGGGGGUGUAGCGAGAUUGUUCAUUUUUAUACGGAAUCUAGAGCACAGUGACGUUUGUUUUUACAUAUUUUGCUAGUUUAUAAGGUACAGUCUGUCUUAGUUUCAAUAGGUAUCGAGUAUUGGUUACUUAAUUUCAGAACAAUAUAUCCAGUGUGUACAUCAUAUUACGUUACAACCAUAUAUAUAUUUAUCCUGUCACUUGCAUACAAAUCGGUCCAAUAACAAAAUGCCGUGUAAAGUUUAGUGUAUUAAAAUAGUAGACCCCGUCAUGUUUAUCUACAGUCUGUUGGUCAUGUGACCGCGAAAACGGACUUUUUCUAUUCUGAUAUGUAAGAGUGUUUAAAUAUCUUAUCAAUAGUCCGCCAACAACCGACCACAACAAUCACUCCCUCAUAAAUUCCCAUCAUGACACAGGCAAAAAAAUCGGCCAGAAAAUCUGCAUGUUUACUAAUGCUGAACCCGCAAAUGCUGCAAACUGCGUAGCAUUCAACGAUAAUUAAUUUCAUUUCUGUGAUGAACGGAAAAGCUCACUUACAACAGCGAUGAAUUAUCUCUUUGGCGGUGCAUUUCUGAACAUCAACACUUUAUCCUUUCAUAUCAACGUGAAUUAAAUAUUUUUAACAUGUGGUGACACUGAUUUUGACAUUUUGAACGAUGACCUGUGUUCUGUAGUCUGUGACUUGCAGAAUAAUUGUUACAUCAAUAGAUACUGUUUGGUGACUGUUCCAUUAUGCACUAUAAAAUCCAUUUAUGUUUGGAAUUAAAAUUGACGUAUUUGGAUGCAACAACUUUGCUAUAAAUGUAUUGAAUAAAGUUAAAGAAAAGAACU